AAUUAAUUGAAGAAAUUCACAUAUGGAGUACAGUCUUCAGGCUUGGUUGAUUGCCCUGACCACUCUCGUGUCAUUGUCCCAAUUUUCAUUUGGCAGCAUUACGAGGCACUACAAGUUUGAUGUAAGGUUGCAGAAUGUGACACGGCUCUGCAACACCAGGAGCAUUCCGACGGUGAACGGGAAGUUCCCCGGACCAGUGAUCACUGCGAGAGAAGGAGACCGUCUCGUCGUAAAAGUGACCAACCAUAUUAAGCACAACGUCACAUUUCACUGGCACGGAGUGCGGCAGCUGCGAACUGGGUGGUACGAUGGACCGGCGUACGUGACGCAGUGUCCUAUACAAAUUGGGCAAAGCUUCGUGUAUAAUUUCACAGUCGCGGGGCAAAGAGGCACCCUGUUCUGGCAUGCGCAUAUCUCGUGGAUGAGGGCCACCCUUUACGGCCCCAUCAUCAUCCUCCCCGAGAUUGGAAUGCCUUACCCAUUCCCCAAACCCGACAAGGAAAUCCCCGUCGUCUUUGGAGAGUGGUUUAACUCGGACCCUGAGGCCAUCAUUGCCCAAGCUCUGCAAACCGGAGGAGGUGCAAAUGUCUCCGAUGCUUACGCCAUUAAUGGUCUCCCUGGUCCCUUGUACAAUUGCUCAAAGAAAGGUGCGCCAGAUACUUUCAAGCUGAAGUUGAAAGCUGGGAAGACGUACCUUCUCCGUAUGAUCAACGCUGCACUCAACGACGAGCUUUUCUUCAGCGUGGCCAACCACACUCUCACCGUCGUUGACGUCGACGCCGUCUACGUGAAGCCCUUCGACGCCGACGUCGUCCACAUUGCGCCGGGGCAGACCACCAACGUCCUCCUCCGCGCCAAGCCGCGUCCUCCUGCCGCCACGUUCCUCAUGGCCGCCCGUCCGUACGCCACCGGCCGGCUCGGCACCUUCGACAACACCACCGUCGCGGGCUUGCUUGAGUACGACCAGUCACCGGAUGCGCCGGCGGGACACAUCAAGAGCGUCCCGCUGCUGCGCCCGAGCCUCCCGCCGAUGAACGACACGUCUUACGCAGCCAACUACACCGGCAAGCUCCGCAGCCUGGAGAGCGAGCAGUACCCGGCGCGGGUGCCGCUUGCGGUGGACCGGCGGUUCUUCUUCACGGUAGGACUCGGCACGAGCCCCUGCCCCUGGAACCAUACCUGCCAGGGACCCAACGGAACCAAGUUCGCUGCGUCAGUGAACAACGUCUCGUUCGCGCUUCCGACGACGGAGGCAAUGCUACAGGCUCACUACUUCGGAAGGCCCACCGAGGUCUACACGGCCGACUUCCCCAGCAACCCGCCGUUCCCGUUCAACUACACGGGUACUCCGCUCAACAACACCUUCGUCGCCGGAGGCACCAAGGUGUCAGUGCUGCCGUUCAACGCGAGCGUGGAGCUGGUGAUGCAGGGCACGAGCAUACAGGGGACGGAGAGCCACCCUUUGCACCUCCACGGCUUCAAUUUUUUCGUCGUCGGCACCGGGUUCGGCAACUACGACCCGGUCAACGAUCCGGCCCAGUUCAAUUUGCUCGACCCUGUCGAGAGGAACACCGUCGGCGUGCCGGCCGGCGGGUGGGUCGCCAUCAGAUUCCUUGCUGAUAAUCCAGGAGUUUGGUUCAUGCACUGUCACCUGGAGGUCCACAUGAGCUGGGGAUUAAGGAUGGCUUGGGUGGUCAACGACGGGCCGCUACCAGGGCAGAAACUGAUUCCUCCGCCGCUGGAUCUGCCAACGUGUUGACCAAGAUUGCACCCUGACAGGCUCUCUGGUCUUGGUGUUGAAGCUGUGUUUUCGGGGUGCCUUUUUGGUUGACCUUUCGUUGACUAAAAUGCUUUCUUCAGAUUUGUCUACUUCCGACAAGUCACCUAUAAUUUUGGACUUCUAAAUUGUUACUUUUGUUGCACCUCCAAAUUGAGCUUUUGGUCAAACUGCUCCUUUGCAGUUAUAUAUUUUUGUCCAC